AUUACCUUUUAAUACAGUUUUCAUAGAGGUUUUGCAGCGAUCGCAACAAUUUGGAGGUAUCCUUUUGAGAAGAAACCGUAGUUUGGUGUGUGCAGACGGAGAUUAGUCCCCGCUGACUCAAGGAUUGUGUGUGUGUGUGUGCCGUAAGGAUCAGGAAGCAAAGUGUGCAAAAAUUGUGUGGACAUUUGACGGUGGAAUACCCCCCUAAGGACAUUCUGUUUAGCUUUUUGAUAAGCGAACAAAGAAGUGGUGUGGCGAAAAUGAUGAAGUACAGCAUAGUUUUUGUGGUCGCUUUGUUUGGAGCCGCGGUGGCCCAGGACAGCUUCAAAUGUCCAGACGACUUUGGCUUCUACCCCCACCACACAUCCUGCGACAAGUACUGGAAGUGCGACAACAACGUGGCCGAGCUGAAAACCUGCGGCAACGGACUGGCCUUCGACGCGUCAGACUCCAAAUAUCUGACGGAGAACUGUGAUUACCUGCACAACGUCGACUGUGGUGACCGCACACAGCUAGAACCACCAAUCUCCACUCCACACUGCGAGCGUCUGUACGGUAUCUUCGCGGACGGUGCCAAGUGCGACGUGUUCUGGAACUGUUGGAACGGCGAAGCCUCGCGCUACCAGUGCUCCCCCGGACUGGCCUACGACCGUGAAGCGCGAGUCUGCAUGUGGGCUGACCAGGUGCCGGAGUGCAGAAACGAGGAGGUAGCCAACGGAUUCGCCUGCCCUGCUGCCGGUGAAAUCUCCAACGCCGGAUCGUUCUCGCGACAUGCCCACCCCGAGGACUGCCGUAAGUACUACAUCUGCCUGGAGGGAGUGGCCCGCGAGUACGGAUGCCCGAUCGGAACCGUGUUCAAGAUCGGAGACGCUGACGGAACCGGAAACUGCGAAGAUCCCGAGGAUGUUCCCGGAUGUGAAGAUUACUACGGUGACUUGGACUUGAAAAGCAUCCGUAAGAGCGAACUCCUCGCCGGCCUGGCCAACCAGGGUGGAGCUCAGGCUAUCAAGCCUCAUUCCAAAUCCAACCGUCCGUCUCAGAAGGAAAACUAAACUGUAAAAUCCGAGAUAGAGAGAGAUAAAAUUUAACAAUUUAAUAAAGGAAAAAAACAAAAACUACAACAACAACAACAACAAAAUAGAAACACAAAAAAACACUACAGAGAAAUGUACUUCGAGAAGACCCAGAGACCUAGACGCUAGGGACAGUAGCGGAGCUAGUUUCUAAGAAGUAAUAUUUUUUUUAAACUUGAAAGAUCCUCCGAUCAACAUCCUGCUUGCUGCCCGCGCGGAGGAUUAUAGACUGUUAUUAAAGUAAAGAUUUUAGUUAAGUGAUAGUCAGAGAGGAAUACUCAAAUCUGCUGAAAUUUCUAUGAAAAAAA